AGGGCUUCAGGAGAACAGACCCAACAAGGCGACCGGCAGCUGGAAGGUUCGAGCUCGAUGGCAGCUGCUCUACACACUGGUCAACAACCCCUCCCUGCUGGGCUCCAGGAAGCACUUCCAGACACUGCAGACCUCUGAGAGUGUCCUGAACGGCACACCACGCCACAGAUCCAAAAAAGGCAGCAACGAGGGUGAACAACCAGAAGCAGAACAGAUCCAGACCUCUGAGACCUCCUCACAUCCAGAGCAAACUGAAUGAAGGCCUGAGGUUAUGCAACAAAAUUGGCAGUUUAUCUGUUUCAGAAUAAAUUG